AUGCAGCAACAGCAACAGCUUCCACCCGAGAUCAAAGCCAUGAAUGACCAGCUCCAGGUUAUUCUUAAGGAAAAUCAAGAGCUUGGCGGGAAGAAAUCUAAGCUGAUUGAAGCACGUCGCAAACUUGGUGCUCAGAAAACUGAAAAUGAGAUAGUGCGGGAUGAAAUGAACAAGCUAGAGCCUGACUCUAAAGUAUACAAGCUCAUUGGUCCUGCUCUUAUCCUUCAAGACCAAAAUGAUGCCAAGGCAAUCGUGAAUAACCGUCUGGAAUACAUUAAUGGGGAAUUAAAAAGGACCGAUGCCUCUAUUGCUGAAUUAGAGCGAAAGGAAAAGGAUUCACAGCAGAGAGCUGGCGAUUUGUUCCGUAAAAUGCAGGCGAAACAUGCUCAACUACAACAACAGCAGCAGCAACAACAACAGCGAUAG